GACAUGUUGUUCAUUAAACAACAAACUCGUGAUAUGUUCUUGUUUUCCUCAGUGAAAUAAACCAUUCCCGCUGUAUUUGUACAACUUGAAACGACAAAUGUGUGAUGUAAAGUGCGAAAGAUAGCGUACACCUCCCCAAUUCUAACACCGAAACCCAGUUUUUCAAUAUGCAAGAUGUCAACAAAGUGGAUAAACCCAAAUUCAGUGGCCCAAAACCGACCAUACCCUCCAAACCGAGAUAUGUGCCUCCUGUUAACCUCAAAACUCAGAAAUUGCAGACCCAGACUGUGAUUUCGGGAAUUCAAAGGCUGCCCAACCCAACGAAUGUUCCAGAUGUCGGUAAACCUCCUAUCAAGACAACGUCUCAAGAAACCUUUUACUCAACAUACAAAGAAAGUUUUUUAGUGCAAGAAAAUGUUCCUACCUCCAAUCCUAACAUAAUGACUUACACAAGAUGCGAUGAUUUUUCUUCCUACAAAGAGAAAUCUACCAGUUUAUCAGAAUCUACUAAAGUAAUAAAGGAAGAACACAAACAAAAAGCUCCAAGUUCUCCCAGCACGGUAUGCUGUAGUAUUCUCCCAAACGCUGCAGGAGACUGUUGUGGAACCCUGAACCUCAAUAAAAAAGAAGUGAAAUGCGGAGAGUUAAUGACUAAAGUAGAUUCUUUGGACUCAAAUUCUUCUGAUUCCGGUGGCUUUAAGGACUUCGUCCAACCUUCAUUUCCCAGUAUUGCUUUAACCCCCGAUGUCCGAAGGUGUGACCUCAGGGCAACACACGAGAGAAAAGCUUCUCAACCUGAAAUUCUAGAGAAGAAAAUUACUGAAAGGAGGAAUCAAACUCACCAACGGCAAACCUCCCAGCCUGACUUGACAUAUCAUGAACCACGACAGUCAUGCGCACAAAAUAAACCAACUGUUGUUCCUUCAGCACAAGCUUUAGCUCUCUUCCUACCAUCAGCUGAUCAAAAGUUGAUGAGGGGUUUCUCUUUUCAAGAACCAGAUAGUACAAGCGUUACCAGGCGACUCUCUCAAUCUUUCCUCUACCCAGAUCGAAAAACUAACGAAAAGACACAACCUCUAACAAAACCGCAUAUAACAGCUCACGUUAACUUCCAGCAAUCAUCCAAAAAAUUAGAAGAAUUGUUUUCGCAAAGAUUAGAAAGGGAUAAGGCACUGAAGAAAGGUGGAACUUGCCUAGUUGAAAAUGAAAACAAACGAGAUAUCGAGGAAAAAUUACAAGUCCAGAAACAAUUUCAGCAAAAACUCCAAGCCGAUAUUCAACAAACUGUGAAACAUAUUCAAGAGAUCCAGAAUACUGAAUUGAGGUUGCCGCAAAAUAGGAAAUGGUCUGAGAGUAAUCGCAGUCAGCCAGCCAUUGGUUUAAAACACACUCCGAAAUCAAGGCCCACGAUAUUCGGAACAGUAGCUUCAGACCACACACUGAAAGAUUGUUCGGGUAGUAGGCGGUGUUUACCUCAAACGCCGCAUACGAAGAGUUUCUCCAGCAACUAUAAUGGGGAUGGUGCACCAGAAAAUGGAGAUGACUCAUCUAUACAACAAGAACAUACACUUGUGUAUAGAGAUGGCAAUCUCCUUUCUGGGUCUCUGGAUGCCUUGAUACAGCACAUGGUACCAACUGAUACAUAUUACCCAGACAGAGCAUACAUAUUCGCAUUCCUCUUAUCUUCAAGACUGUUCAUCAAACCACAUGAUCUGCUAGCAAAAAUACGAAACUUUUACGAAAUCCAGCAAGGUUUAAACAAUUCUAUGGGUGCAGGGAACCCUGGUAGAACUAGAUUUGCUGAGCAUCUUGUGGAUUUACUUGCUGAAUGGACAGAGACUUUUCCUUACGAUUUCAGAGAUGAAAGGGUGAUGCAACAUGUUCAAACAAUGACCCAGCAAUGUUGUAUUCUCAACCCAAGCCUAAGAACUAAUGUUUCUUCCAUACUUCACAACCUUCUUCAACGCUUAACAUCAUUAGAAACCUAUGAAAAAUCACUGGAGAAAUCUCAAGUGCCCUUGGAGGACUUCACUGAUGACAUUACAGAAAUUUGCCCUUUUCCAUCAACUCUAGCACAACAGUUAACUCAAUUGGAAUUAGAAAGAUUAUCUUUUAUUGGUCCUGAGGAGUUUGUUCAGGCGUUUGCGAAAGAGAAUCCUUUACUGGAGACGUCAUUCAAGGAUAUGAAAAAAACAAGAAAUUUGGAACAGUAUGUUCAAUGGUUCAAUAGACUCAGCUAUUUUGUAGCGACACAAGUUUGUAAAUAUCAGAAGAAAAAACAGCGAGUGCGAAUGAUGGAGUAUUGGAUUGAAACUGGCAGGGAAUGUUUCAAUAUUGGCAACUUCAACAGCCUGAUGGCCAUUAUAUCAGGACUGAACAUGUCUCCAAUAUCUAGACUAAAAAAGACGUGGAAUAAAAUUCAUUCUGGGAAGUUUGCCAUCUUAGAACAUCAAAUGGAUCCUAGUAGUAAUUUCAGCAGCUAUAGAAGUACUUUAAAAGCUGCUAUGUGGAGAAGUGCAGGAGCAACAGAUCAACGUCAAAGGAUAGUUAUACCCUUUUUCAGCCUUCUAGUAAAAGAUUUAUACUUUUUGAAUCAAGGAUGCUCGAACAGGCUACCAAAUGGUCACAUCAACUUUGAAAAGUUUUGGCAACUAGCAAAACAAGUUACAGAAUUUAUGGCAUGGAAACAAGUUGCCUGUCCAUUCGAGAGAGAUGUACGAAUUUUAUCUCUACUUCAACAUGGUACAAUUCUGAAUGAAAAUUCCUUAGCCUUAGCUAGCUUUGAUUGUGAACCUCCUGAAAAUAAUCAGGAAAAAGAAAGAUGUAAAAGCCUAAAAGCUGACAGCACCACUACUCUUUAAUUUUAUUUUGUUUCGUUCUGCCAAUGAAAUGAAGUAAUUAUUUCUUAUAUAUGGGAUGUGUAAUUGAAGAUCAUGCAAAUACCAUAAAUUUGAGUGUCAUCAUCUUUGAUUAGAUACUCGUAUAUUUUAAUAUUUCAUAAUGAAAUGAGAAAAGCCUUAAAAUCUAUAUACCUUACUCAAACAUGAGCACUUCAAAAAUUUUGAAUUAAUUCUAGCAACUGAUUUUACAGAAAAUCUUUUUAUUAUUGUUUGUUAUAAGUUAUUUGUAUAUAUUUAUAUAUGUUUGUACAAAAUUUUGUUUUCGAACAUUUGUGAUUUAUGAUAUUUUAGAACAAGUUCAAACUGCACAAUUAUAUGUAAGUAAAACUGCUUUAUAAGAGUCUAAACUAAUGGAUAUUAUUAAGUAUUGCCAUCUUGAUGUUUUUUAUUAUAUUAUGUAUAUAAAAUUUUGUAUAUGUAGGGAAAUGAGCAGAUUGAGCAAGCUAUGGUUAAUAUAUUAGCAUUAAUCUCAAAUUGAGUGUUUAUAGAGAUUUUCCUUUCACUUCAAAUAUUUUAAAUUUUCAAUAAUCUGAAAAUGAAUGAAUAAUCCUUCAUUAAUUUUCAAAAUCUUCUGUUUACAUCAAGUAAUAUUUCCUCUGAAUCCAAUAUAUAAAAUUUCUUCCAAUGAAAAGGUACAUUUAUUUAAAUAUUGUAUUAUGAAAAUAUUCUAAAUUUAGUCUUUUCACUCCUUGCCAUCUCACCUGAAAAAAGAUCAUUAAAGUGAUCAAUUAAAUGCAUUUCCUAUAGUUUCAAACUAAAGUGUUGUUGUUUCCAAAAAUGUGUGAUGUGAAUUUUUAGACAUAUUUUAUACUGAGUGCUCUAAUAGAUAUUUUUUUGUCUUGUGAAUAAUUUAUUACGAUGCCUAAUAUUUUAUACAAUUUGAUGUACUUAAAACAGAUCAAUGAUAUUGACCAACAUAUAACAGUAUUGCUAAUAGAUAUUAAGAUUAAAUUUGGAAUUCAAUUGUUAUCUCUUCAUUCAGUAGUAUUAAAACAUUUAUUUUUGUGUUAAUAUUUAUUACUAUAAAAUAAGUCCAAUGGAUAACUCACAGUUUUCACACUUUUGAUAAGUUGAUUGCUAUUUUAUAUUGUAUGAACUAAGAUAUAACAGAACCAAUUUAAAUUUAUUCACUAUUUGUUGAAGUCAAGAAUUAAUACAAAGUAAGUUGAAUCUCAUAAAUUUUCCAAUAGAAACAUUCCGAAUAGUUAUCUCUCUUAUAAGAAAGAUAACUAUUUGAAAGAUAAAUGUUUCUAUUGGAAAACUUAUAAGAGUCAACAAAUACUGUAUUAAUUCUUGACUUCAACAAACACUGAAUAAAUUGAAAUCGGUUCUUUUUUAUAGAUAGAUGUUGAUAGAUAUCUUAUGAGAUAUCUAUCAAUGGGGCAGAAAAUGUGAAAAAAAUCUGUUUAAUUUAAUAGAUCGAUAGGUUCGGAGAACAAUAUCUCCAUAUUUAAAUAAAUACCUAAUAUUUUCUUGCUACACAUGUAUUCUUUCAAAGAAUGUCUCUUGUUGGACUCCUCAUUUGUGAUUUAAAAUAGGUAUAUACCACAUAACCUGUUGAAAUAUUUUCAAAGUAUUUAAAAAAAAUCAGAAAUAAAUUCUCCAGAAAGUGUCAAUCUACAAUGAGCGAUUCACAUUCAAAAUUGAUCAAAUAUUUAAUUAAACCAACCUAUGAAGAAUAUUUCUUAAAAGUUUCCUCUCAUCAAACAUUGUUCCAUAUUCAUAUAGGCUGCAAAAAUAUUUUAAAGACUAAUCUAUCAGUAUUCUAGUCAAUGUUGUAUUGUAAUAAUUAAUAACUAAUUGUAAUGUAAGAGAUCUUUUAUAUAAAUUAAACUGUUGUAAAAUCUA